CAGUGAAUGAACCAGUGAGUAAUGCUCUGCUGAAGUACGGGCUGCCUACGGUAGGCUGCAUGACAAUCUUAACUAUUCUCAGUUCAUUAGUGCUGUACCAUCGCAAAUUGAUCGCUUCUCUACAGGUUCUACUGGGCACAUACCGGAUUUUGGAUGCCAAACCUAAAUUCUUGAAAAUUAUUACUCUCCUAGCUUUGGCAUUCUUCUGGCAUCUGCCUAUCCUUCUGCUCAUUGUUCCAAUUGGGAAGGUAUGCACCUACAUUCUAUUGGUAACUGGUGACCUACAAAUAUGUUUCUUUGCUUUCCUUAUUGAAGAUGCCUUUAAUGCACUAAAGAAGAGAAUCAAAGAGUACUACAGAUUGCUGGUUAAAACACCACAAGAUGGAGGACUACUUCUAUAUCUGGAUGAGCCAUGCCUGAAACAGAAGCCGGAGCAGCAGAAACCAAUACUGGAUACAUCUCAAUUGAGGAAGGUUCACAUGCAGCUCCGCCAUGUAGUCGGUACUGUGAAUCAGGCCUACAGCCUGGUGGCACUGCUCAUCACUGUCAGUUGCCGGUUCCUAUUCACAGUCUAUCUCUAUCGCUGGAUAGUUUCACAGUUCCUCACGCAUCAGUUAAUCUACGCCCUUCUUACAUUCCUACGCAUUUUCUACCUCUGCUAUCGGUUUGAAGCUUUGAAAACUGUUGAGAAGGCAACAGCAGACAUGAUCAAUGGCUUCGACAAGAGCCCUCUGGACUUCAGAACCCAAUUAGAGAUGAAGUUGCUUCUAAUUCAGUUGAAAAGUCAUAAAAUGGGUUUCAACUCUUUCCAAAUGUUUAACCUUGACUUUAACCUCAUAACAUCGAUGUUCACAACAACCAUUACUUACCUGAUGUUACUUCAACAAUUCUCUUGAAUAUAGUCACAAGUACAACAAACACUUGUAUUAGCUCACACAUAGUUUGUAAUUGCUGUCUACUACUCC